UUUAUAUUGUCAUUAUAAAAUUGGAAACAUGUAACUGUGAAGAAUUUUUUGUAUGUUUUCAUUGUUACACCUUGUGACUGUAAAUAUUUCACCAGCAUAUAUCAAACUGAGGUUCCUUAAACAUAGGAAUCUAAAACAACAAUUAGCAUUUCAUAUUCUUUCAUUUUAGCAAACUUUUAGCAAAUUCUGGAAUUCUAACAACAGAGAAAACUAAAGGCCUCUGUUUCAACUUGCACUGUCAGGAAUUGAAUAACAAUUGAUGCUAUAUAGUCUUUAGUCUUAGUUUAGUAUAAAGGUACGAGUGACAGCAGUCAGCCAACAACCAGAAUCAGCAUCAGCUUCUCCUCUGUGAACCGAUACUGAAGAUCAGCCAGCACAACCACAAACAUGGGCAAGGUCAUCUUCUAUGAGGACAGAAACUUUCAGGGUCGCUCUUACGAGUGUAAUAGCGACUGUUCUGACAUGUCCUCCUAUCUGAGCCGCUGUCACUCCUGUAGAGUAGAGAGCGGAUGCUUCAUGAUGUACGAUCAUCCAAACUACAUGGGACACCAGUAUUUCUUUAAGAGGGGCGAGUACGCCGAUUACAUGUCUAUGUUUGGAAUGAGCAACUGGAUCAGAUCCUGUCGUAUGAUCCCCAUGCACAGAGGAUCCUACAGAAUGAGGAUCUACGAGAGGGAGAACUUCAUGGGUCAGAUGUAUGAGAUGAUGGACGACUGUGACAACAUCAUGGACCGCUACCGCAUGUCUCAAUGUCAGUCCUGUCAUGUGAUGGACGGUCACUGGCUCAUGUAUGAGCAGCCUCACUACAGAGGCAGGAUGUGGUACGUCAGGCCUGGAGAGUACAGGAACUUCAGCAAUAUGGGUGGCAUGAGAUUCAUGAGCAUGAGGCGUAUCAUGGAUUCCUGGUAUUAGUCUUCUAAAGUUUCAAUAAAAUAAUUCCUCCACAAAACUAAACAUUGUGUCAUAAAAUCAUUUCUUGAGGAAAAUAUUACAACUAUUUAAAACGCUGACAAAAGCACUU